UUUUUUUUUUUUUGAUUAACUUACAUUAUAUUCAUGUUCAUUUCCCGUUUUACACGCUCUACCGCUAUCCGUCGUGCUUUUUACACAACAGAAGUUCCUUCAGGUUUAAGUGAAGGCGAAAAACGAAUUUAUAGCAAACUUACAGAAGCUUUUUCUCCACAUAAACUUCAAGUUGUGGAUGUUUCUGGUGGUUGUGGAUCUAUGUAUGCUAUUGACAUUGCUAGUAAAAAAUUUGAAGGUACAACCAUAGUUAAACAACAUAGAAUGGUUAAUGAUAUUUUAAAAGAAGAAAUCAAAGAAAUGCAUGGCUUACAGUUGAGAACUUCUAAAUAGAUUACAUCACAUUACAAUAAUAUAUUUGUUUAUGGGAAAUUGAAUAUUAAAAAUGUAUAUACAAUA